GAACAGGGUGCGGCUCUGGCGAUAGAAAAGCUGUUUUAAGGGCUAUUCCUCUUCUCCUGUCUUCACUCUCCCUCCUUCUCCUGCAGCGCGUGCGGAAAAGCCUUUUUUUCGAGCUGACUUGAAGAGUUUGUCGAGCAGAAAUAAAAAAAAAAAUGGCUGGAGGAGGAACCAUCAAGGCUCAGAGCGGAUUCAAUGCCAAUGCUGAUGCCGAGGCUCUUUACAAGGCUAUGAAAGGAUUUGGCACUGAUGAAGGAGCCAUUCUGCAGCUGCUCACGGCUCGUAGUAACGCUCAGCGGCAGCAGAUCAAGGCCGCCUACAAGACCCUGCACGGCAAGGACUUGGUGAGUGAACUACAGUCAGAGCUGACAGGGAAAUUUGAGACUUUGAUUGUGGCACUGAUGGACACGCCCACAAUGUAUGAUGUCAGGUGCCUGAAGAAUGCCAUUAAGGGCGUAGGAACACGUGAAAAGGUUUUGAUUCGCAUCCUGGCUUCAAGAACUUGCAGAGAGAUUCAAGAGAUCAAUAACGCCUACAAGCAGGAGUAUGGUAAAAGCCUGGAGGAUGAUGUGACUGGUGACACUGGUGGAGCCUUCAGGCAGCUGCUGGUCGUUUUGCUGCAGGCGAGCAGACAGCAGGGUGUACAAGAGGCCACCGUUCAGAGCGAUGCAAAGGCCCUCUUCGAAGCAGGAGAAAAGAAGUUUGGUACAGAUGAAGAACAAUUUGUCACUAUUUUGGGGAACCGCAGUGCUGAACAUCUUAGGAGCGUGUUUGUCCAGUAUAUGAAACUGGCUGGAUUUCAGAUCGAAGAGAGUAUUAAGAGAGAAACCUCUGGACACCUGGAAGAUUUGUUCUGUCUUACAGUAAAGUGUGCCAGAAGUGUUCCUGCCUAUUUAGCUGAGUGUCUGUACCACGCAAUGAAGGGGCCAGGGACCGACGAUAAUACGCUGAUAGAGAUCAUGGUGUCGCGCAGUGAAAUCGACAUGCUGGAUAUACGUGUGGAGUUCAGGAGGAUGUUUGCCACUUCUCUGUACAAAAUGAUUAAGGGUGAUACCUCUGGUGAUUACAGUAAAACCCUGCUUCUGUUGUGUGGCGGUGAUGAUGCCUAACUCCGCCCCUGGACCUAAAAACAAGAACUGCAGUUCAAUAUUCUGGCAACUUUUACCAAAAUAUUUAUUCUUUGUACGUGUUACUAAUAGCGACGCUUAGUAACUCAUUACACUGAUAAUCCACAAUAAUGAAGGCAGUUUUAAUGUUGCAGUUUUUUUCCUGUAUGCUAUUACAUGCAUGUAAUUGUGUAUUGGUCCAAAAUUUAUGAAAGAAAGUAAAGUAAAGAAAGUAAAAAAUAAGCAGGUCUCGGUAAUGGUGCUAUAAAAUCAAAAGCACAAUGAAGUGGAUAAUAUUGCUAAUAUGCUUACUUAUACUGCUUUAAUAAACAUUAUGGGCAUUAUACAGACUAAUAAUUUCUGAGAUAAGUGAUGAUAUAUUCAUGUAGUAAUUUAGUAAUAAAGCCACACAAACGGCCAUGCUUUCAGAUAA